UAUUUAAUGACCAUAUUGUAAUAGAGUUUUGAUCGGCGUUACUCGCUAUAGUUCGGUACGGCAGCCGAGAAGCUGGCCCUACCAGUACCGGUCGAGUGGAGGGGAGGGUCGUUUGAGUAUACCCUGGCAGCGAGAGCGCCAGGUAGUGAGUUGUGUGGUCGCACGUGAACAGUGAAGUUCGAGUCCGGAGUGCCCUGCCAAGUGUCCUGCUGCCAGCUGCCAGCCGCCUGCCGCCUGCCGCCGUAUUGUAUAAGACUUCUUAUCAAUGGCGAGCAAGCAGUCGGCGCUGUGCCAAACCUUUCCAUGCCGGGAAAAUCAAAUCCAGCAACUCUGGAACUUAUUUGGACACGUCGACGAGGUUUUCCCACCUACAGUUUACAUUUACGGCGGUCCCAGUACAGGAAAAACUGCUAUAGUUACAAAGUUUUUGGAAAUUCUGGAUAUCAAACACGCUAAAGUCAAUUUGAUCGAGUGUUACACAGCAAAGAUUUUAUUCGAGUCGAUUUUGGAUCAGCUUACCGGACAUGAGUUGGAUCUAUCCACGGGAGCACCUUACGCCAAAUGCGAUAAUUUUAUGGAUUUUAUAGACCAUUUACAGAAGGUUUCCGAAAAGUUUGGUCUAAGCCGAUCUGUCAUAAUUAUGGAUAAAGCCGAAGAGCUCCGAAAUAUGGAGAGUAAUUUAUUGCCAGGCUUUUUAAGGCUACAAGAGUUAACAGGGGUUUCAGUUUCGGUAAUUUUUCUCUCGGAGAUCCUGUUCGAGAAAUAUUACUUUAGGUUAAACAUCGUCGAACCUAUUAAGAUCCAUUUUCCGCAGUAUAACAAGGACGAGCUGCUGGAAAUUAUUUCGUUAGAUUUCGAUCUUGCUCGGGAAUUAGUAGCUAAUAACUUUAACCAACCGAUCGAAUUCGACAGAGACUUCUUCAGAAAUUACUUGAACGUUUUUCUGUCGGUGUUCUAUAGGGCGUGCAGGGAUCUCAGUGAAUUGAGACACACGAGCAGAAAUAAUUUUAUUAAAUACUGCGAACCGAUUGCCCGCAAUGAAAUAAGUAUGAAAAACUCUAUGGCACUAUGGAAAAAUAUCUCUCCCAUUUUGAAAAGCUCUUUAGACGUAUUAUAUUUGCGAGUGACAACAGAUGACAGUAAAAGACCUUUAGAAAAUUUAGCUGAAAAUAUUGAACUCCCAUUUUACGCCAAAUACUUGUUGAUAGCCGCAUAUUUGGCCAGUUAUAACUCGGUGAAAGAUGAUAAGAGACUUUUCAUGAAAUACCAUGGAAAAAAGACAAAAUCUCAGCACGAUAUCAAACGGAAAAGCAAAGUUUCCGAGAAACUGAACACUCAGAUGGGACCGGGUAUAUUUACUUUGGAUAGAUUGUUGGCAAUAUUUUAUUCCAUUUUGCAGGAUAAAGUUGGCUUUAAUAAUCAUCUACUAGUGCAAGUGUCGAGUUUAGUUGAACUGCAGCUUUUAUCGCUUGCAUCUGACAACACCACGCUCGACGGGAGGAAAUACAAGUGUAACGUUAACUUUUAUUGCAUUCAGAGUCUAUCGAAAAUGGUCGGUUUCAAUAUAAGAAAAUAUUUAAGUGACUUCAGUCACAUGUAGUCUAAUAUUGUUACAUAUCGUAAUUUAAACAGUAUUACCGUCUAUGAUCGUUUAAAAAAAUAGUCUGAGUUUGUUUAAUUAUUUUUGUCUACUGUACAAUUUACCAAAAAAUGUACCUAUAUUUGUAGAGAAUAAACUUAUUUGUUUU